CACGCCUCCUGGCGGAGAGCGUCGCGUGGAGCGCGGCGCACAGCGCGUGAGCGGCGUCGCUUGCUUCCGCACACACGAAUAUGAACAACGCAGGGGGACAGCUCUAAUAAAACCCGUCACUCAGCACUACGGUUAAAGAGUUUGGCAGAAUGUCAGAUUCUGACUCUGACUCAGAAUACGGCAUGGAUUGGUUCCACAAGACACAUUACAAAACCAGGCGUGACACCAUCAUCACGUUUCGGCCCACAGACGAGAUUUUUGAGAAGUUCAGUCUCAUACCCGUCGAGACCAAGAAACUUGCCGUGCAGCGGAUGAGGAUUUGCGCGUUCUGGCUCCCGGCCCUGCUGCAGCCAGAGAGGCACCACAGCACUCUGGUCUGGGCCAUCGACAUCGGCAUGAGACCCCGGAGCAGCAGCGAUCUGAGUUUGGACAAUCUGGCCGUCAUUCACUUAGUUGAACGGGUCCUCGAUUCACUGGAGCAGGCUUCUAUGAAAAGGGGACGAAUAAGACAAAUUGUUGCCAUCAGCAACAUGUUCAACUUGCGGUCUCCCAAGGCCUUCCACGACGCGAUGAUCUACCUGGAGCAGCUGGGAGACCUGGCCUUGCACGAAUUCCUGCAGGUGUUCCAGAGCGCCGACACCUGCAGCACCGUGUUCCACCUGAUCUUCACCGAGUUUGCCAAGUUUAUCCAAGACAUGGGGAGCGACGUGGAGAGGACGAUGCGGUCGCUGAUGCAUAAACCAGCCGACCAUCAUGUGGAGAAAAGUGAAGAAAUGAAGAAGAAAGGGAACAAACACUUCCAGAAUGAGGAGUUUGGCGAGGCUCUCAAGUUUUACACUGAAGCCAUCCGUUGCUACCCCGACAAUCAUUUUCUUUAUGGGAACAGAGCGCUGUGCUACCUCCGCUGUAAGCAGUAUCUAAAAGCAGCUGGCGAUGGAGUCCGUGCCACACUGUUAAAACCACUCUGGGCUAAAGGACAUUAUCGAUACGCCGAGGCCCUGUUCUUCGUCGGACAGCCACAGCUGGCCUUCAGCGCCAACUCCAGAGGCCAGGAGCUGUGUAAAGAGGACCAGGAAGCGAGGAGAGACCUGGCAGCGCAGCAGCAGAAAUUCAUAGACGCACUCUUAGAUUCCGAUGCACUGACGUCGGUUUAUAAGGCGCCAACUCCAUGUAAGAAUUCCAAAGGCGGAGGAGCACAUCAGACCGGGGAGGCUGUUAAAAAGACGUCUGCGCCGAAGGUGUCAGAGGUCAAAGGUGAUAAACAGCCAGCCAAAAAUGACAAGACGGCGCAGAAGCAAAGCAGCACUAAAGAGCAGAAGCCUCCAAUAAGUGAGUCGUCUUCCAAAAAUAAUAAAGCCGAAUCGAACAACGCUGCAAAGAAGAAGGCAAAAAACCGGAAUCCCCCGGCUGAAAACAAACAGAAGGAGACCGACGGUAAGAGCGAAGUGUGUAAGAAGCUGAGGUCGGCGGUGCAGGACGCCCACGCCGCCCUGGUGGACCUCCGCAGCCGCAACGCCGAGCAGGCCUUCAGCCAGGCUCUGGCUCUGCUGGAAACCACCACGCCCAAGGAAGUCGGGCUCUCCACGGUGGACGUCCUGCUGCUGAUGUUUGGCCGAGCGUCGGCGCUCACAGACAUCGGUCAGCCUGAGGAGCUCGCAGAAGCCCAGAAAGUCCUGGAGAAGAUGAAGUCUUAUGAGGACCGGACGUUCCAGUGUCUGGUUUACUACGCCGUCGGCAGGGUCUUCUUCAGGGAAAACAAGUUCGCUGUGGCUCUGGAGCAGUUUUCGAACUCGAUGCAGAUGGUGAAGAAUCAAAUCACUCCCGGGAAACUCACCUGGCCUUUAACAAAAGAGGUUGUGAAAGAAACGCAGCCGCAGUAUUUUAAGGAACAUUUGAAGAGCGCCAUCGAGUCGUGCCGGUUCCCGCCGCCUCCAGACGCCAUUUGCCGCUUGGAUAAAUGCCUCUCCUCCGUGAAGCCGGAGAUCUUCUUCACCGACCCGGAUUUUAAGGGCUUCAUUCAGAUGUGCUGCUGUAAAAGCUGCAUGGUGGAAUAUCACAUGACCUGCUGGAAGAGCCUGAAGUCGUCGGUCUACAAUGAAAAGAAUGAGAAGGAUUUUCUUCAUGAACCGUGUUUGACUCCCGACUGUAUCGGCCUAAUUUGUAAUAUCAAAAUCUACGGUCCGACGGGCCUGGUGAAGUGUAAGUUUGAAGCUGCUAUCCUGAAACCACAAACCCCCAAGAAGCCUAAAGUCAAUCAGACGUGUACAAGUCUGAAGAAGUUAAAGUCAAAGGAGGAGCGUAAGACCAAGAGGAAGCUGCACAAACAGUCGUGUGAGGAGAAGCAGUCCUUCAACGAAGAGAUCCUGCCGCAGAGCCAAGACUCGGCGUCUCAGAGUCAGCAGAAAGCCUGGCUGCUCUACAGGGAUCGCGUCCUGCUGCAGAUCAGCCAGAAGCUGGAUCUUCUCCGGGAGGAGAAGGGCCUGGACGUCGUGGCUCUGACCGGCAGCCUGAAGCCGUGGCUGGAGCUGGACUCGUCUCGGGGGAACCAGGUCGCGGCCCAGAUCCUGGGCUGGCAGCAGGAGCAGCAGACUGUGGGGCGGGCCGUGGAGCUGCUGCUGGAGAGGAAGAACCGGGUCUGGGCUCGAGUCUUCGUCCACCACCUCAGCGGCCGCUCGGAUUUGAACCCCAAACUGAGCACCUGGGCGUGUCAGCUCAACGACGCAGGCCUGAACGCGGCCCGGUCCUUCAUCGAGCGCCACGCCGACCACCUGGAGCAGCUGGACCUGGCUCUCCUGCUUAACUUCGCCCCGCUGCAGGAGAUGGUUAUAGAAAAGUUCGGCACCAGGCCGGAGCUGUUUUCAAGCAUUGGCUUGACUGUGACUGAAUACCUAAGACAGGCUCAGCCGCAAGACAUGAGGCUGUUUAUCUGGACUCUGGAGGAGCACAGAGAGGAUUAUGUCUCCUGUCACACUUUACUGGAUGAGUAUUUUGAUAUGAUGGAUGGACAUUGUUCGGUCUUAAAAAAGUCUGAUGAAAAUAAUUCUCCUAUGAAGACUAAAAAUCGAGGACGGAAAAAGAAACAGAGAGAGCAGAGGGGUGUUUAUGUUUUACCGGAGGCGCGGAGUGUAACGCCGAGAGCCAGUUGUGGCCUCGACUUUAUUGAUGAAGACUCUUUAUCGUUCCUUGACCCCGUCGACCCGUUCACUGUGCCCAGUCACCUUCGAGGGCAGGUAGCUGACUUUGAGGACCAGUACCACAGCACCAGACACAGAGGUCACUUAAAAAUGAUUUUGGACAACAACCCCGACCUGACAAAAGAGAGUUUGUAUGACUACUUCGCUCAGAUCCUGGACGAGCACGGCCCCCUGCUGGCCACGGAUCCCCUGCUGGUGGGCGAGCUGCUGUAUUUCCCUUUGGAGGCCCGGGACAAGAUCGAGCAGGCGGGCGGGUUUGAGGCCUUCCUGCUGGACUCUCUUCGCUUCAUAAAGAUCGGGGAGUGCAUCGGCCUGGCCAAGCACGCCGUCGCCCUGCAGCAUUCCGUUCAAAGAGCCAGCCUGGACGACCUGGACGAGAUCACGGAUCCCGACGACGACUCCUUCACUGGCUUUCAGACUGAAAUGGACACUGAUUUUGCAAGCUGUCUGGACAGUUACCAUUCUUCCGAGGUCCGUCGUGUUCUCCCAAAUCCAUAUGCGCCCGAGUUCAAGCCAGCGGGAAUGAGCAACUUUAUUCCCUGGAGUAAUGGUGACGACCAGCAAGCAGUUUACUAUUUACCCAGCUACUACGAGGGCGAGAACCUUUAUAUCUGUGACGCUGCAACUGAAGUUGUAGACAGUGAUCCAACGGCUGAGGAAGAAUAUUCGAAGGUGGAUGCAGCUGUGCAGACGUGUCAGGAGACGAUGAGGAGCGUUGCAGUCAACACAGAAGUUUAUGAACGUUUUGAAAAAUACCCGGGUGACAUCAUGAAAAAAGAGAAGAGCAACAUGAAGUUAGAGCAGGACAUCCAGAAAAUGACAGAGGAAGCGAACAAAGUCAGACUCUCAAAACCAGAAGACAUCAUUUCUCUUGAAGGAGACAUUGAGGAAAUGAAUGCCAACAUACAAGUGACCAAUAAGGAGCUGGUGCUGUUCCAGCAGAAACUGGAGGAAGAGGUGAAGAAGGACCAGAAGGAGAAGAAAGCCAACCAGGAGACACUGAAGUCCCUGAAGCAGGAGAUUGACGAGCUGCUGGAGGAGCAGGGGAGCCUCACCAAGAGCAUCCGUGAGAAGAAAGCCAGCUAUGAAACCAAGCUGACAGACUUUUUAGACCUGAGCAAUCAGUCAGCAACCGAGAAGAUGAGCCUGGAGGAUGAGAUCAAACACUGUAAAGCUUUGUUGGCCGCUGCGACUCAGAGGUCUCUCUCAACUCAGCUGUUGAUGGUGGAAAGCAGUCGUGAGCAGUGUUUGUACAGCCUCCGCAGGGACCUGGUAGACUCCAAGGCUUUGCUCGCCAAAAUGGAUGAAGCGCUCACCAGAAUCCCAAACAAGGAUCUGGAAAUAACUAGAAAUGGCUGCAGAACCACCGUGGAAGAGCUGAAGAAGAGAAUUUCCAACACUGAGCAAGAGUACCAGGCUCAAGUUGAUAAAGUGAAAACUGGCUCAAGAGUCAACGACUUGCCUCCAGUUAACGUCCAAAACCAGCCCGAGGCUGCAGCUGCACCACUCUCGGCAGCAGCUCAGGCCUCUCGCAGCACUCCUCCCCCUCCUCCACCUGCUGCCGCCGCCGCCCAGCAGCCUGCAGCCACAGCAUCGGCCCCUCCAGCUCAGAAAGCUCCAGCCAGGACGGUGGAUCCUCCUUCACACAGCACCGUGUUCGACAAAGCCAUGGACAGCCUGGCCGGCAUGUUCCCCGACUGCUCCAGGUCACAACUGAGGAAGUUUGUCCAGCAGCUGCGCUCCUCCUCCGGGGGCAGCCUGAGCAGCAUGGCGCUGCAGGAUGUGGUCAGCGGAGCCGCUCAGCUGAUCUUGGACCAUCAGGAGAAGCUCAGAGCUGCCAGGUCUAACGCCGCCGGUCAGAGGAGUCCAGCCGUCACUCCUCCUCUGCCCACCCCGGUCUGGCAGGCCGUCCCACAGCAAAGCCCCGCAUACGUCAUCGCACUGAACGCAGAGGAUCCCUGCAUCAUCUGCCACGAGGACAUGAAUCCAGCAGACAUCCACGUGCUGGAGUGCAGACACAGCUUCCACCAUCAGUGCAUCAAGUCCUGGCUGAAAGAGCAGAGCACCUGUCCCACCUGCAGGAAUCACGCCCUGAUGAAUGACGAGUUCCCCGCGUUGAUCGGCCGGAGACGCCCAGCCCCGUGACGUCUUUAAAUCUACUGCUCAAACAUCCACGCUCUUCUUCUCCUUUUAUCUUUUUUACUCAUGUUCAGCCAUCUUGUUUUAUUUCCUUCUUUCAUAUCAUAAAUGUUUUAAUUUAGCAGGGGUUGCAUUGUGAAAAAAAGGAACUGCUUUUACUUUGAUUGUGUUUGGGUGAUUUCCCUUCUGUUGACUGAUCUUCCUGUAGCUGCCAUGUCAUCAUUUUUGGUAAAUCAAUACAGAUCUGGGCCUGUGGAACAGCUCAGAGCUUCAAGUGGUUUCUGCUCCUGCUGGUUUUAGUCACUCAUUACGCCAUCGUGUGGUGAGAGCUUGUAUUACAACAGUAAACUUUUGGAGAUGGAAGUCCAUCAGCGGGACUUUUUUGUCACAUUCGGCUUGUUAUUAGAGGUUAUGUGAAUUGGCACGACUCUAAAAUAUCAAACUGUGUACCUUCGCAGUGGAAAUGAGUCUGAAUGGAAGUUUGACCACAGAUACAUCGAGAGGCAUCUUGUGUGCUCACACAGGUUUAGAAAGGAAGAAAACAUUGUUGAAUAUACUAAAUGUAUGCCAUUUCAAUGUGGAUUUUUACGCUCUGUAGAAUACAUUCACAGUAAUUAAAGAAUUCUGU